AUCUCGACUUCUUGUCCCUGUACACUCCACACUCACGGGGGCAACUGUCCAAAUCCGAAAAUUAGUUCAGGCUUCGCGUCAAAGCAAAAACUACCGACCUGAUCCUUUUCAUGGGUUUCUUUACGAAAUCAACCAAAACCAAUCUCUCCAACCCUCCAUCUCUUCCCUUUUCUACAUUGUAUGUGCGCAACGCGUCCACGCGCCGCCGUGCCUGCCCCUCUAAGACAGACUCGUAAGUAUAGAGAUUGGCCUGGCCUGGCCUUGGCGUCUUCCAUGGAUUUUUUCGGCUCGGAGCGGUUGUUUCUUCUUCUCGUAGUUGUUUCGGAGAUGUUCGUACUCAAUAUGGGGGUGUAUGUGCCUCCGGGCUCAGAGAAUUCGUACGUGUCAGCCAUUGGAGACCCAGGAAUGAAGAGCCCAAAUGUCAGAGUUGGCUUAGAAGCUUGGAACUUCUGCAACGAAGUUGGAGCUGAAGCUCCUGGUAUGGGUAGCCCUCGAAUGGCUGACUGCGCUGAUUUGAAUUGCUAUUCUACCAGUGCUGAUCAUUUGGAUAUCACCAAUCUGAAGAAUGGACGUAAGUGUCAAAUGCAAAGAAGAGUAUAUGAAUCAGACAACAAGUUAAAAGCAGGUGAUGAGUUUCCUGCAACGAGUUUCAGUCCAUAUGCGGACCCCGACUUGUAUGCAGUAGAAAAGGAACUUUAUCUUGGUUCGCUUUGUGAGGUUCGUGACUCCCAAGAUCCAUGGCAAUUUUGGAUGAUUAUGCUAAAAAAUGGAAACUUUGACAAGAAUACUACUCUUUGUCCGGAAAAUGGUAGAAAGGUCAGCAAAAUCACAACUGGCAGAAAUUUUCCUUGUUUUGGAAAAGGGUGUAUGAAUCAACCACUUAUUUAUCAUAAUUACUCGAGGUUGUUUUAUUCCCGGAUGCAACCAUUGUUCUUAAGUGGGAAGUUUUUUGGAACUUAUGACCUUGACGCGGACUUGAGCAAAGGUGUGGGGAACAAUUCCUACUUUUCAGUAUCAUGGGAAAAGAACUUGACCUCAGGAAGUUGGAUUUUCUCCCAUAAAUUGACAACAUCUCAAAAGUAUCCUUGGCUUAUGUUAUACCUGCGUGCAGAUGCUACCAAAGGAUUUAAUGGAGGUUAUCAUUAUAAUAGUCGUGGUAUCAUGAAAAAGUUGCCAGUCUCUCCAAAUUUUAAAGUAAGAGUAACACUCAAUGUUAUACGUGGAGGAGGAUCCAACAGUCAGUUUUAUCUCCUUGACAUAGGAAGUUGUUGGAAGAACAAUGGAGAACCAUGUGAUGGAGAUGUUCUUACGGAUGUGACUAGAUACAGCGAAAUGAUCAUAAAUCCAGUGACCACAAGCUGGUGCCGUGCUGAUAACCUCAUCUCCUGUCCUCCCUACCAUGUUACUGUUUCUGGUGAGAAGAUAUACAGAAAUGACACGUCACGGUUUCCAUACUCUGCUUAUCAUCUAUACUGCAGCCCAGGGAAUGGGGAAUAUCUGGAGGCACCAUAUGAUAUCUGUGACCCUUAUAGCAAUCCACAAGCGCAGGAACUGGUACAGAUUAUUCCACACCCUGAAUGGGCUGUCCAUGGCUAUCCUGAAAAGCAAGGUGAUGGGUGGAUUGGAGACUCUAGAACUUGGGAGCUUGACGUCGGAGGCCUUUCUAGUCGUUUGUAUUUCUACCAGGAUCCAGGAACAGAACCAGCAAAGCGAGUUUGGUCUUCUCUCAAUGUUGGAACAGAAAUCUAUGUUAGUCGUAAUGGAGAGACAGCCGAAUGGACUGUAAGUGAUUUUGAUGUAUUGGUUCCGCAAGACAUUGAUGAUAAUGGUUCUAGCUCCGGUUAAUUCUUAUUCGUAUUUUCCACACAGCGGCUUUAGUUGCUGUUGUUGAAGUACUUUUUUAACCGAACAAAGACUUGGCCAUAUAAAUGUGGUAAUGUAAUAUAUGUAUAAAUAAUAAUAAUAAAAUAAGUUUUAUUAA